UGAUUUGAUGGUGGUGUUAGUGGCAAUGUUUGGAGGGCAGUGGAUAGAAAGCAAACUAUAAGUAGCCAAGUCACUAAUUAAGAAAGCAAUAAGAAGGCCCGCAUGAGUAGCUUAGUUAGUUCCUGUGUGGUAGAUUGUGAACAAGCAUGGGAGGUGGUGGAUAGAAAGCAAACUAUAGGUAGCCAAGUCACUAGUUAAGAAAGCAAUAAGAAGGCCUGCAUGGGCAGCUCCGUUGAUUCCUAGGUAGUAGAUUGUGGGCAAGCUUAAGAAAGCAAUAAGAAGAGAGAUGAGUUCCUGUCUGAGGGCUUCAAGUUGUGCUUUAAUCCAUUACGGCUGAUUGCAAUGAGAUGGUGGAGCUUCUAUCUCCACCGCUUCAGCCUUCAAGCACUAGAUCCCAUCCCGCAUCGCCUUCUCCAUGUUGUAGCCUAUAUCUCCAACAACGCAGCCUCCAUCUCCGAUAGCCUCUCAUCCUCUAGUUCAAAGAAUGUCAACACAAAGGGCUUUCCAAAAUCUUCAGUAGACUCUUGUCCAACUCUAAAUCAGAAGCAAGCUUCUACUUCAUCCAACAAUGUCGGACAUACCACGGGAAAUUGUUGCUGAGUUUCUGUCCCGAGUUCCGGCACAGCCUCUGCUACGCUUAAGGUGUGUAUCAAAAUCAUGGCGUGAGAUAAUAGACAGCCCGGACUUCAUCAAAUUGCAUCUGAAUCGAGCCCUCCAAACCAACUCUGAUCGGAAGCUCAUCCUCCGCUCCACCUUCGUUUACGUUGCAGACUUUGAUGAGCUCGAACAGACAAACACAGCCGUAUAUACGGCGCUUGACCUGCCCUACAAGCGCUCGGCGUUUGGAACUGACAUUCUGGGGUCUUGCCACGGGCUGCUGUGCUUGGAUACCACCGGCGAUGAAGAUAGGAUGGUGCUGUGGAACCCAACAACCCAUAAAUACCACCGUUUUCCCUUCCCGGAGUUUGAAAACUUGGGGGAAUCAGCCAUUUGUAUCUGGUGCUUGGUCUUUGGGUUUGGGUAUGAUAAAGUGAGUGAUGAUUAUAAGGUAUUGAGAAUCUUCCAGUCCCAUGAAUGUCAGAGUGAAGCCAAAGUUUAUAGUCUGAAAUUGAAUUCUUGGAGGAAAAUUCCUUGCUUUCCUUACUGUCUGAAGUAUAAAAGAGCCAAUGGAGUCCUGGUUGCAGGUGCUUUGCAUUGGGCUGUAUGCAGAACCCCACAGUUAUACAUGGAGAAUCUGAUAGGUGCUUUCGAUCUUGGGACUGAGGAGUACAGACUGGUUCCUGAGCCAAAUUACUCUGAAGGAGCACUGUAUGUGACUGUGGGGGUGUUAGGGGAAUCCCUCUGUGUGGUCUGCAACUAUUAUGAUUCAUCAUAUGUUGACAUCUGGGUGAUGAAGAGCUAUGGAGUGAAAGAGUCUUGGACCAAGCUGUUCACAGUUACAGAAUCAGAUUUAAGCGGCAAACCUCUUGAGUUUGUGACGCCAUUGGCAUUCUCCAAGAGUGGCAGGGAAGUGUUUACGGUAGUAAAUGGUAAACAGCCUCUUUGGUAUGAUAUAGAACAGAGAAAGAUUAGGGAUUCAGCAUUCCGCAUCGACAGUGUGCCAGCCAUUAUGGUGCAUCAGAUGUGUUUCGGAAGCCUGGUUCGAAUUGAUGGUGGUGUUGGGAGGGUGGUAGAUGUAACAGAAGGUGAAGGCAGUGGAGGCAGUAAUGGAAGAAACCAUAAGAAGAGAGACGAGUUCCUGUCAGAGGGUUUCAGGUUGAUUCUCUAAUCCAUUCAAGCUGAUUGCAAUGGGAUGGUGAAGGUAGAUUGGUAUGCUGCUGUGGCUGCUUGUUGGUAAUGUUGCAUUUUGGAUGUCUGACCUGCUGGUUGUGGUCCGUAGAAACAAGCGGUUGCUCUCCUUUUUUUUUUUUUUUUGGUUUGUUUGUUUGUAAUAUUAACAGUUGAUUGAGAUGUUAAAUCUAUUAGUUUCUGUCUGUGGAACUAUUUUGUGGUUUGUAUUAAAUUCCUAGUUGUUUUUCUCAGUUUGAUAAGCAUAACAUUACUAGUUGUGGUUUGCAGAAACUAGCGG